CUUUUGAACAUUUUUUGAUGAAAUCUUGAUUUUAAUUUUAGACGGAAUUUAGACAGAUAAUGCCAGCCCCGGUCAUUGAUUACAUAGAAUGCUUGAAGGAUUCUCCAAGAUUUCGUCAGCAGUUGAAUAAUAAUGAGAAUAGUCUGGAUGAACUUGAAACUAAGAUGGAGAAACUUCUCAAGUCGUGUAACACAAUGACUGAGAGUGGACGGAACUAUAUCAGUAACCAGGCGAUGUUUAUCGCCAGCUUGUGGGAGCUGAGCUCAUACUUUUCCGCAGACCAGGAGACAACUACAACUUCUUUUCUUAACAAACUUAUUCAAACUCUUCAGGAAGCGUUGAAAUUUCAAAAUGUGAUAAUUGAUCAAACUAAUAGCGCAAUAAACAAAUCAUUGUCAAAGUUCCUAAAAGAAGACAUGAAAAAGAUGAGAGAAACUAAAGGAUAUUUUAACAAGAUCUCUAAUGAUCUUGACUCUGCUUUGAACAAGAACAGUGCAGCGUCUAAAGGACGAACUACUGAUCUAGAGGAUACGAGUAAUCUAUUGACGGCUACUCGAUCCUGUUUCCGGUAUACCGGGAUGGAUUAUGUUUAUCAAAUAUCUAUGCUUCAAUCCCAGAAACGCUACAUCAUCCUGGAUUCUUUAGGCAACCUGGUCUCAACCUACAAAACCUUCUUCAGACAAGGAUUGGAUCUGUUUGGUGGGAUGGAUCCAUUCUUAAAAUCCUUAAAUUCAGAAAUAGAGUCAAUGAAGGCCCAGACCCGUGCUUUAGAGAAGAACCUGGAGAAGCGCCAUACCUAUGUAACCAAGGACGAUGAUCUAGUUCUAGCAGAGACCAAGGGAAAACCGAUCAACGUGGAGGGGUAUUUGUUUAAACGAGGACAGAAUGCUUUUAGAACAUGGAACCGAAGAUGGUUUUAUCUGGACAGUAAUAAGCUUUGCUACGUGAAGAGGAAUGGCGAGGAAAUAACAGUAAUGGAGGAUGAUCUGAGAAUCUGCAUGGUUCGACCUCUUAAUGAGAUUGAUCGAAGAUUUUGCUUCGAAGUGAUUUCUCCGACGAAAUCCCACGUCCUCCAGGCUGAUUCUGAGAUUCUAUACCGAUUAUGGAUGUCAAGCCUUCAGCAGGGUAUAUCCUCAGCUCUACAUGAGGCGAUGUCUCCGGAGGUUGUGGCAAACGUGAGCGGAGCGAUCCAAUGGGAGGAUUCUGAUACCGAGGAGGCUCAAGAUAGUAAACUAAGGCAGAAACCAACCUCUCAGAGGAACGCAAAUCAGAUUCUAGAUAUACCUGGCAACGAGGUUUGUUGUGAUUGCUCUGAUCCUAAACCUCAAUGGGCUGCGACCAACUUCGGGAUUACGCUUUGUAUUGAGUGUUGCGGAAUCCAUCGCUCCCUUGGCGUUCAUAUCACUAAAGUCAAGUCAAUUACGCUGGACGCCUGGGAACCAGAGAUACUCAAGGUUAUGGCAGAGCUGGGGAACAGUAUUGCCAACAGGAUCCUGGAGAACCAGGUCGGAGAUCAUAUUAAACCUGGACCUGGAGCAACCAGACCUCAGAGAGAAGCUUGGAUUACGUUGAAGUACAAGGAGAAGGCAUUUGUGAACAAGGAUAUUUUUAAAGGAAAGGAAGUUGAGGAUAGUGAAGGAUGGAUUGUCAACAAGUUGCGCCGAAGAACACGGAUCAAGAAAGAGAAGACAGAGAAGGCUACUGAGAAAGAGAAAAGAACCUCAGAUGAGAAGGAUGUUGAUACUUCUGCUGCAGAUGAGGAUGAACCAAGCCUCCUUGAGUCUGUGCUGAGAGCCAGCACUUUGACCAGUAAUUCUAAGGAGUCUACUCCAUCAGGUUCAACUGUAUCUCUUGUUAAACGACGUAUUCUAAACACUGAGGUUGUUCUGUUUGGUGGGAGUCUGGGUAAACAUCAUGUAGCUAGUGUAGAACUAGACAGUGAUCAGGAAUCAACUGAUGGAGAAAGUGAAACUAGUUGGAAUCCUCCGGUAGACAGUGUAGCAAACCUUACUCCGGAGCUUCUACUCUUCAGAGCUGCCAGAGCACACAAUCUUCCCGUCAUGCUGGAGGCACUUGCUCUUGGAGCAAACAUGGAUUGGAAAUACCGUGGGGAGCUGAUGCAAGCUCCGAUACAUCAGGCUGUCUUGUCAGGAAGUGUUAUGUCGACAGAGUUUCUUAUUUUGAACGGAGCAAAGACGGGAGCAGCAGAUGGAGAUGGGAACACUCCUCUACAUCUCGCUGCUUUACAUGGAAAUACGGGACAAGUUUGUCUUCUUCUUAAACACAGAGCUGAUCACCAUCUGGUUAACAACUCCGGACACGAACCUCUGGAUAUCGGAGUAACCAAUUCUGACGCGGAUAUUGUGACUCUUCUCCGGCUUGCCGCACUAAACGAAGAAAUCCGCGAAAAUGAUUUUACAGGAGACGAUGACACAUUCAACGAUGUGGUUCAAGAGUUUUCACAGAUGGUUUAUACACACCCGGAGAGAUUAAAUAGAAACAAGAAAUAAGUUUCACAUAUAAAUUUUUAUUUUAGUUCGGAAAGAAAUUUUGGAAUAGAUUUGGUGUGAAU